CUCUGACAUGGUCUGAAUUGUCUUAAUAGAAACCUGCCCGGCAUGCCGCUCAAGUGCUCCGGGACGCACCCUUGUACUAGAUGCGAUAGCCAGAAAAAGAUCUGUAACUUUCCUCCUGAAGAACGGAUGAUAUCUGUCCCAGAAAGCUACCUUCGCCAACUGGAAGAGGGCUGCAGUAUUGAUCAUCAUUCCAGGCUACCGGCUCCAAUACGGGAAUCAAGUGUGCAGGAACCUAUUUUGGAGCCUCCUCUUGAGUCUGCAUUGAAGCCGAAUGCUUCGGCCACAGGUGACGUAAUUGACCAGAGCAGACCAACUGGCAGCUCGCGACAACUUACUGUGGACAGUGAUACGACUCAGCUUGCACUGGAAGAUGACAAUGGGUCUAUAUUUCGGCACAACCCACUAGCGGACAAUGACUAUACGUUUGCAAAAGCUCCUGACGGAAGAUACUUUUAUAUGGGUCCCUCCUCAUCAUGGUCGUUUUGCCGUCGAGUAUUGGCCUUGAUCGGAAAACAUGUCCUAGAAUCCAACUAUCUGCCUGAUCCGUGGCAUCUGGACGGGGUUGCGUUUAAAUUGCAUUGGACGCCCCUGAGAAGUGACGAGUUCUAUUUUGGACACCUAUUCUAUAUCAUCGAUGAGCCCAGCUAUCUCCACCACUUGCAGGAGCUCUACAGGGAUCCCGCGACGAAGGCAACAUCAUCAAGGCUUUGGUACGCCCAAUACCUACUGAUACUGGCCUUUGGCAAAGCAUUUGUCGUACAGAGUAGCUCGCAAGAGGGACCAUCUGGAUCUCAGUAUGCUUCUAGGGCCAUGGCCCUACUACCGGACCUGCCUGGAAUAUACUGCGAGCCCCUCGAUUCAAUCAGAGCACUCGCCUUAGCCGCACUAUAUUUUCAGUCGAUUGACAUGAGAGUGGCGGCUUUUCAACAUGCAAGUACCAUCGGACAGGCGUUGCGUGUCUGCAUCGUCCAAGGCAUACACCGGCAUAUGCCGGAAGACGUCGUCGGGGCAGAGCAUUCUCGCUUUUGCAACCACGUCUUCUGGGUGGUCUACAUGAUUGAUCGGGAAUUCUCCGCCCUCAUGGGUGGCCCAACGUCUAUCAGGGACGAGGACAUUACUACGGAACUCCCUUGCCAUCAUGAUCAUUCUCUGGAGGCACUCAAUAUGACGCUCCAUAUCCGACUGUCUCGCCUCAUGGCGAAUAUCCUGACCACGGUAUACGGAGUGGGGAGAGACUUUGAAGGUUCCCUUAUCAAAAACACCCAGUCAAUUCUGCGGCAGCUCGCUGAGCUGUCUAAGGACGUGACGGCGCUGUUAAAUACCCAUUUCCAAGGGUCGAUCAAUCGAGCAUCACGGAUGGCGCUCAGGCUAAUUCUCUCUUAUCAUCAUUGUGUGGUUUUGACGACGAGGCCUCUAGUAAUGUGUGCCCUGCACAUGCAUAUCGAGCGGCCAGAUACCCAAAAGUCCCAUUCUAUCCCCUUAACACCCGCUGUCGCCUCCCUCAUUCAGUCAUGCGUCGAUUCCGCGCAAACGGUGCUGCGAGUCCUCCGUGUUAUAGGUGAUGAGGAUCUCUUAGAAGCAUUUCUGCCGUUCCAACUCGAAGACGCAUUCUCCUCCGCCUUUUUACUGCAUUUAAUCCGCGUCGUGGCACCUUCUCUUCUGCACGACGACUCCUGGUUUGGAGAUAUCCAAUGUAUUCUGGACAAAAUGAUCUCAAAAGGGAGCUCGGUAGCGCCUCUCCGGAAGCUCGAACUCACCCAGCUGGAGCAGUUGCUGACGCCGUUGACGCCCGUCUAUGACCCGCUAAUGGUUCCCCUGCAGACGGAUUACACGGCAGACAGAGCUCGGGGGCUCGCGAUGACGAGUGAAGAGCCUGGCUGGGACUUUUUCGAUACGGACAUGACUGUCGGGAUUUCGCCGACGCAGCUGUUGGAUCUGGCUGCUCAACUUGACGUGGAUGGCCGAGGUUGAUGUAAUAGGCAGACGAUUGCUGAAGGUUGUAGCUAUUUAAGAACUCGACAAUGGCGUUAGGGAUAGUGCUCUCGUGAUUCGC